AUGGUCGUUUCAUUGCAACUUGAAAGGCUUGCAAUUUACCAUGAUUCCAACUGUGAUCCCUGGAUGUUGGAGAAGAGAUGGGAGGAUCUUAGUCCUAAGGAGUGGAUUGAGAUCUUUGAAGAUGGUAUAAGUGAAUCUGCAAAUGUAAAUGAUGAUGCUUUGAUGUCUUCCUGGGCUCGGGACCAUAGCUAUUUAGUUUCACCUAUCUAUGGCGUUCUUCAAUAUCAUCGUCUGGGGAACCAAGAGAGAAGUGAUCCCAGUGUCCCAUUUGAGAAGGCUUCUCUUGUUCUGAAUGAUGUUUCUUUGACAAUCACUGAGGCUCAGUAUCAUGACUGGAUAAGACUUAUGGAGGUCAUUUCAAGAUACAAGAUGUACAUUGAAGUUUCUCAUUUGAGACCCAUGGUGCCGAUUUCAGAGUGUGCCACUUUGUGGUGGCGUUAUGCUGCUCAAGCUGGAUUGCAGCAGAAAAAAAUGUGUUAUCGAUUUUCUUGGGACCAAAUCCAACGUCUAUGUUAUCUUCGUCGGCGCUAUGUGCAGUUGUAUGCUAAUUACUUGCAGCAGUUACCGAAUCUUGAUAAUUCAGAGAUUAGAGAUAUUGAGAGAGAUCUUGAUCCUAAAGUUAUUCUACUGUGGAGGUUUCUUGCCCAUGCUAAGGUCAAAUCUGUUAAGUCGAAGGAGGCAGCUGAACAGAGGAUGUUUAGAAAGAGAAACUGGUUUUCUUUUAGAUGGGGAAAUCCUUCUGAGGACUCUGCAGAGAACUCCGCAAUGGACACUUCAUCUCUGUCUGUAGAGGAACGAUUGAGUAAAGAAGAAUGGGAAGCAAUCAAUAAAAUACUGAGCUACCAGCCAGAUGAGGAUUUGUCAUUACAUGUCAGGAAGGAUAUACAGAAUAUGAUACAAUAUAUGAUAAUUGUAUCAAUCAGUAAAGUGGCUGCUAGGAUCAUCAAUAUUAACCACACUGAGAUUGUUUGUGGUAGAUUCGAGAAUCUCCAUAUAUCCACUAAGUUUAAACAUCGGAGCACCCUCUGUGAUGUAUCACUAAAAUAUUAUGGAUUAUCUGCUCCGGAAGGAUCACUUGUGCAGAGUGCCUACAGUGAGCAGAAGGUGAAUGCAUUGGCAGCUAGUUUUGUGCACACACCAGCUGGAGAAAAUGUAGACUGGAGGCUUUCAGUAACAAUUUCUCCCUGUCAUGUUACGGUUUUCAUGGAAAGCUAUGAUCGCUUUUUAGACUUUGUGAAGAGGAGCAAUGCGAUUAGCCCUACUGUUGCAUUGGAAACUGCAACUGCUCUGCAGCAUAAGAUUGAGAAGGUUACUCGGAGAGCUCAGGAGCAAUUUCAACUGGUUUUAGAGGAGCAGUCCAGGUUAUUCAUUUUCAUUAUCUGCAUGAACUCAAAGAUGAAUUGUGAACUUCUUCUAUAAUUGGUUUUGUAGUUGAUCUCCUUAAGAAUGUGGCAUUGCUCUCUAGGUUUGGGUUCUGGAAAAAAGUUG